GCUUUGACAUUUAUGUGUGUCAAGGUAAAUUGUCAAAUAAAAUAAAUUUAGAAUUUAUAAUAAUUUAAUUAGAACUGAUCUAAACUAUUCUAAAAAUCAAAUACGGUGAUGAUUUAUUGUAUUCAUUUAACUAUGGACAUACUUGGUUCAAUAAUGUGUGAUCAAGUAUAAUGCUUCUUCGGACUUCUAGGGGCUACGAGGUCCCCAACCGUCGUCAGGCAUUUUAUCCAAAUUAGGACUCUUCCACGAUUGGCGCGUCGUUUAGAGAAAUGCCAGGGACGUGAAAUUUGUGUAUUAUAAUUAGUGUUUGUCUCGCGAUGGGCGACAAAAUGAACGGAGAAUAUUUUGCUCCUGACACUGCAACCUUCAAUUACAACAAUGUGACGGGCGGUGGAGACAGCGCCAGUGGCGGCUCGGGCGGGUCGGGCAUGGAGUGCAUGCAGCUGCGCUCCCAGCCGGAACCCUUCCACUACCUCAUCUCGGAGCAGGCUAAAUCCCUCGUCGCCCUACAGGAACUCCAGAAUGAGGUCGGAGCUUUGCUCGAGUUCCGCGAUCUCGUCAUCGAGACAUUCCCGAAUCUUCGGUCGAAGAUGGCGCCGUCAACUCCCGCCAGUGGGACCCGUCGCGACUGGGAGCCCGGCGUGCGCGUGCGACGCAAGCUGGCCGGCAGCGGCGGCGGCGGCGACGCUACCCGCACCAAACCGCAGCCCUCCGUCCAAGAUUCCGGCUUCAGCACCGAGACCUCUUGCGGGAAAGACGCUCAAUCAUCAUCCGCCUCUCGAUCCCGCCCGCUCGAAGACGAGCUGUGGGCACUCCUCGACGUCAUACAAAGGAAAGGCGUCAGAUUACGGGACGAAGCGGAGUUGCUUCGGGGCGAGCUCGACGAAAGACCCUCGGCAGAUACGGCGGAGGAAUCGUUUGCGAGAGCGCUGUCGGGCUGCGGAGAGUGUUCGGACGUGAGGCGACUUCGCAGCGAAAGAGAUGCGUUGCUCACCAGAGCGGCCCAGCUCGAGGCCGAGGCGGCCGCCACGCCGCCGCGCGCGUCCUCGUCGCCGCUGGGCCGGCUGGACCGCGCGCUGGACACACCGCCGCGGCCCCCGCGUGUGCCCACGCCGGACUCCAAGAAGUUCGCGGCGAUUCUCCAAGAGAGCAAUCCCGUGGAACUUCAAAGACAACUCCUUAGCUCCACUGUACAGAAUCAGGUGUUACGUGAAUGGAUGAGCCGCGCUGUAAAGCAGCGCGCGACAUUACUCGAGCGGUUGGAGCAGGCGCGCGAUCUGAACGAAGACCUCAAAUUUCGGUUAGAAGAGAAGAGCGUCGAAUUAGACAGUGUAAAAAGUCGCGUGCGGCAGUUAGAGGGGGUGAGGGAGGUUCCGACGGAGCCGCCCGGGCCGACGCCGAGCGCGCCCCCGCCGGCCGCCGCGCCCGCCGCGCCCGCCGCGCCCGCCACGCCCGUCAGCAGCCGCGGCCGCUCGGCGCGCGCCAGCCCGGAGCGCCGCUCGCACAGCAGCAUGCGCGACAUGCAGCCGCUGCCCAUGCCCGAGCAGGAGCCGCGCUCCGCCUGCACGCCCGACACGCCGCGGCGCCGGCCGUCGCGCAUCCCGCUGCACACGGCGCACAAGGGCGCGGCGCCGCGGCCGCCGUCGGCCGCGUCGGCGCGCUCGGCCGCGUCGCGCGGGCGGCCGUCGCUGCCGCCCGCAGCCGCUCCCGCGCCCGCACCCGCACCCGCACCCGCGCGCCGCCCGCCGCCGCCUCACGAGAACAAGGUGCGCGCCCUCCUGGAAUACAUGUUCCAAUUCCAAAGAUUCCGGCCGAAAGUUACCGAUCCCAAACUAACCGUGUCGUGUCGCGUCCUGACCGUUCUCAUGUUUCGGUUUUGGUUCUCAAGCCGCGGGCGAGCCGGGCGACGCGGGCGCAGCUUCGCCCUUCGUAGCUCACAUGCCAUUAUGUCGAUCAGUCGGCGAGCGUCGCGCGAGUCCGAGCCGGAGCCGUACCUGGACUCGCUGAGCUUCGUGGUGUCGGAGGCGCGCGUGGCGCUGGCGGCGGAGUACGUGGCGCGCUCGGAGCGGCUGUUCUCGCGCCUGCGCGCGCCGCCGCCCGCGCCGCGCCACCUCGCCCGCGAGCUCACCGAGUCCAUCCUCUACGAGUCGGCCGGCCGCAUCGACACCGCACUCAUGUCCGUCACCUCUGGAGACUCGCUUUGGAACGGCAGGCCUCAGCAGUACUUCGAGAGCAUGAAUUACGCUGAAAAUGACAACACGAAUGAGAUCGAUUGCGAUAAUGAUUCUUUAGCACCUUGAGAAUAUAACACUGCGUGUACUGUACCUACCUAGUUAAUAUUUGAGUCUUUCUGUUAGUAAAACUUGUCUUCGGACUCUCUGAGUUCGCCUCGCAUUUGUGACGCCAGUGUAUUUCCAUUUUCAGAUGUAUCAUUCCAUGUAAAAGGAACUAUUAGAAACGUCUCUAGAGAUCUGUGAUAUGUCACGUUUUAUAAACCCUCACCGACGAUAACUUUUGUAGCGUUUUUGCAGGCGUUUUCAUGAACUUUUCGACUAAUGUGAGAGUCUUAUUGUUGUUCCUCUAACAAUUAUGAGACCCAAUUUACAAUUGAUCCAAGUAUUUUAAUUGAAGAAAUUAAAUAUUAACUCCUAGAUAUGUAAGUAGAAGUUCUCUCCAAAAUACUGCGCAAUUUAUAUGGUUCCUUGUCUCCGUCGCUUUCCAAAUUGAAAUGGAAUGCUUGGAGAAAAAGAAAGUAAAACAAUAACAUUUAUUAUUGCCAACUAUUAUUUGCUAAAAUACUAUCAUAGUUACUGUUAAUAUAAUUACUUAUUCAAAUAUUAUGCGCUUUUAUUAAUUAAGCGAUUUGUGCCGUAACGGUAGCUAUUUUACAUGUCACGUCAUUCCUAAGGCUAUAUAAGAACAGACUGUAACUAUAAAUUGAGUGAGAGCUUGGAACGACUGUAGCAAGGCUGUGAAACAAUUUGUGUGCUUGAAGUUGUGUUUCAUUUCAUGUAAGGGGGUAGGCAUCUUAGCAUUAGAGAUAUUACGGAAAUGGUUCACACGGUAAGCAUUGGGUGUAAGUAUCGAUUUAUUAUUUAUAUGUACUAUUGUUAUUUAAAAACUUCUAUGUCCAGAUGUGAACGUCCUCGCGUCGCAUAGCACGUGUACCGCCGCGCAGUAGUCUGAGGUUAGUUUCAAUUUAUAGGGUACUGUGCGACACGUUACCUAUGACGGCGUUCGGUAACAAAAUAGUAGGAGACUGAUUUUGUAUAAAAUAUAAAAAAAUAGUGAUAGCUUAUACCAAGUUAGGGAAUUUCCUUUCAAUAGUGCCCUAUUCAUGCUUUCUUUGUAUAUAAUAUUGCCUACAUGUGAAUAAGUGUUACUGAAUUAGACAUUAAAAAUAUUCCAAUUCUGUAGUAUAUGACUGUAUUUUAUGUAACAUAAGAUUAAAUGUAGCCUAUAAACUACCUAUUGAUAAUUAUUUAAGUCAACUGUUUAUUGUACAGAUUUCAAAGGCGAUGUUAAGGUUUUGUAAAUUAUUAAGCCACUACCUACCUACAAUUUAAGAUACUCAUAAAUUUAUCUAGUUGACUUGAAUCUAGUUGAUGACUUAUGUACAGCUGUACAGAAAUCAUAUCAUUAUAUACAAAUUAUUCAAUUAAAUUGUUCAUAUGAA